AUGGCAGUGCGCUGCACGGUGGAGCUGCAAUUGGCGGACGGAUCCACCGGCCGCAACCUCUCCACGAUGGUCUAUCCUAGAGCAAUGCUUAUUCGGCGCCGCGGUGGACUGGAGGUGAUGAGCGACGACCCGCCACUUCACAAGGCCAUCAAGGUCCAGGCGCACAAGUACGAAGUCUACUCGAGUUUCGCAGCUGCAGGCAAGCUCGCGCUCAUCAGGCGCGAACGCACUCGGAUCACCCAGUUUAACCUGCGCGAAGGAGACCCGGACGAGAUGGUGGCGCUGCGGGACUUUUGCAUCCGGUCG